AACACAGGGUGGGGAUCAUUCUUCUAGUGCUGCCAAGGAAUCACAGCACCAGGAAAACAAAAAAAAAACAAAAUAGUGAGGUUUUGCUGAGCUCACGUUUCCUGACUGUCCUCCUACAUCAGCAAAAGUUCCUAAAAGCCUGGUUCAAGCCUCGGGCAGGAUGGAAGCAGGAGAAGCAGCUCCUCUGCCUGGAACUGUCUGGAAAGAGUAUUUAAACAAUUUCAAUCAUGAGACCACAGCAGGCAGCCACUGGUCAAACACAACCUCAGGAGUGACAGCAACAACCCCAGACACGUGGCUGGGUGCUGCCAAUUCAAGUGAGUACCCAUAUGAGUACCUGGAUGAGGAGGAUUAUGAGCUCUAUGGCCCCUGCACCAAAGAGGAGGUGCUCUCCUUCAGCAGGGUGUUCUUGCCAUCAUUUUACACCGUGAUCUUCCUGGUUGGAAUGGCUGGGAAUGCCCUCCUCUUUGCUGUCCUCCUCAUGUACAUCAAGAAGAAAAAGAAGAUGACUGAGCUGUACCUGCUGAACCUGGUGGUUUCAGACUUCUUCCUGCUGCUGACCCUUCCUUUCUGGGCUCUGCACAUUUCUCAGUGGGUCACCUGGGACAUCUUGUGCCCAUUCUUAAACGCCAUGUACACUCUGAACUUCUACAGUGGCAUCUUCUUUGUGAGCUGCAUGAGCCUGGACAUGUAUCUGCAGAUAGUUCAUGCUUGCUCUCCUCACAGCUCCACGGUGUGGAGGAAUUCCAUCCCCGUCUUGUUGGUGAUGUGGAUCCUUUCCAUAGCUCUCUCCAUUCCUGAUGGCCUCUUCACCAGCACAAGAGAAAUUCAAAACAAAACCAUCAUGUGCACCCAGGAUUAUGGCCAGGAACACUUAUUUUGGAAAGUUGUCUUUCGGGUGAUUCAAAACACCCUGGGGUUCCUCCUCCCCUUGCUCUUCAUGACGUUCUGCUACUCCCGCAUCGUGUGUGUCCUCAACACCUCGCAGAUACCUGGCUCCAGGAGAGCUCUCUGCUUAGUCUUUACUCUGGUGGGGGUCUUCUUUGUGCUGUGGUGUCCUUACAACGUUGUGCUCAUCCUCCACUCCCUGCAGGAUGUCGGUGUGAUCAGGAGCUGUGAAAGCAGUAGGAAACUGGACUAUGCCCUGCAGAUCACGGAGAGCUUGAGCUUUGUCCACUGCUGUCUCAACCCCUUGCUCUAUGCUUUUGUGAAGAAACGGUUCAGGGCGUAUUUGUGGAAGAUCCCUCAGGCCAUUUUCAGGAGAGGAGCUUUCUUUUCCAUCCAGGACUCCCAGACGAGCCCAUCUUGCAGCAGAUACACAGCUCAGAUAGAAAUGCUGAGCAUCACAAAUGCAUCAUAAAUACUGACAUUAUUUACAUUAUGUGUGUGCCCUCUGUGCUGUAUUUUACCAGUCCUGCCCAUGACGGAGUUGGUGUGAGCCCACAGCACUGUGUAACCAGAUAGUUCAUCCUAGCAACAGCCUUGAGAUGAGGAAUUUCCAUACUGGGAUUGGAAAAAUACAUGUGGGAUCUGUUUCUGUUGGAAGUAGAAUUAUUAUGAAAAGAUUGUCCUGGAUUUGCACUAAUGGGAAAAACCCAGUUGCCAUCUGGAGUAUAUAAGGCAGUAGCAAAUAAAGAAGGAGAUUUCUCAAUGUUGUGCCUUAAAAAAUGCAGUCUGGAACUCGAGAAGAGAUUCUCCUCCUCCCUGGCAUGGGCUGAGGAAUGGAUUUCCAUGCUCAUCAGGCCAGAAGCACUGCCAAGGGAUGGCUUUGCUUCUCCUGGCUCUUACCAUUUCCCAGAUGAUUUAACCAGGAUAAUCUCACUUUCUACCAGGACAUAGAACUGAAGGAAGGACUGCACACCUUUAAGCUGAGUUGUUCUCUGUCACGAUGAGCUGGGCCACACUGGGACCUGCUGAGCAGGGAGCUGUGACUUUCCAAGGGGCAGAGCCUGGGUUAGAGAUCAGUUCAAUCCUCAGCUGGUUUGAGACCAGUUUGAUCAGAACAAAGUCCAGACCAGUAACAAUCAGUGAGAAAGAGAUAAAAAGUGUGCUCAGCAGAACGGUGGUGGAGGUAUUUGCCUUCCAAGAUCCAGUUUGACAAGAUAAAAUACAGAUCCAUGAAUACCACUUGUCACACUGGCUUUGAAUCACCACAGAGUGAGAGCAUGGCCUGAACAGAAGUGCACAGAGAGCUGAUGGUCAAUCCUUAUUACCCAGUGCAGCUUUGAAGUUCAAGGUUCUGAGUUUGCUGACUUAUUUGAAGGCAUUAUUCACCCCAAAUGCUCCUGAACCUGAAAUGGUCCCUUUCCACCCUGAAAACCUAU